AUGGGAUACCCAUCGAAUCCACGAUUAAUGAAUCGUGUUCUCGACGCAGUGGUACGUUUAUGCGGGACGAAAGGAUCGACUGCUCGAGAUGUCCUCGAUUUCCUGCGAGGAACUUCGAAAACCACACCGAGAAACCUGACAAUGCAGGUUCACCGAGCGCUAAAGCACGCGGUAAACGCUGGACUCCUACGGCACAGAAGUGGUCGUUACAAGGUGCUAUUCACGUUAAAUCCAGCGCCGACCGAGCACUCCGUGACAGUCGAUAACGACGUAAGAGUACUGGAAGAAACGUCUACCAUGGAUGGGAAGCAGCCAACUAGAAGGACCAGCUCCGAUCGCGCGGAGCAGAACAGAGGUAAACGCAAGAGACAGCAUCGCGAUAAGAAGCGUAAACGAAGCCGUAGUCGUCAGAAGAAACGUAGACGCCGGAGUGGAUCCAGAAAGGACGACGACAGACCGAUGGAGCACAUGGGGAGGGCACGAAAUCCGAGGUACAAAGAAAAAGUCGAGAGGGAUCGGUCACCGCGGCGCAGGAUAAAAGCCGAUAUCGGGAACGCGUCGUUGUCGUCGUCCAAUCGUAAAAGGGACAAGGUGAAGUCGAGAGAUCAGGAAUACUAUUCCGAUCUAUCGGAUAACAGCGACUACGAGGAUGGACAGUCCAGAGCGAGGAGAAAAACGCCGGCUCGACAGGAAUGCAAAUGCAACGAAAACGGAAAAUCGAGCAGAAGAUCCGUUUCGCGGAAUCGUAGCCCGCAGAGGCAGCAAUCGCAACAAUUGCAGCCGAAACACUCGCGAGACGACGUGAAGAACAGUAAAACGGACCCAGACGAUCGCAGAAACGUCGAUCGCGUGGAUCCAACCGAUCAGAACGCAGAAAAAGAUGACGAGCCCAACAAAAGCGGAAGUGGCAGCACUUUGUAA